GGGGCUGAUGGGUAUUUUAGAGCUGGCAGUCUUUAUAUACGUGCGUUUAGUGUGGUGUAGUGUUUACCACAGCACUAAUAGGAUUGAUCCCGAGACAUGGAGCUGUGAGUGCUGCAGGAGCCUGAAUGGGAUGUGCUGAACUGACAUAAUGUUUUGCCUGGAACAUUCACACAAUGUGCUUCAAUAAAUAACCCUGUACUGAAGUUCAGAAGACAAUACAAUUAUUAUAAGACAAGAAGUGUUUCAGACAGUUCGGAUGUGAAAUUGUCAUGGAGACCACGCAUAGAUCCAUGAAUCUUACUUUCCCCAUUGAGGACAAAAAUGGAAAUAACAUCACCUGCCCCAGUGAGCAUUCCCCCGAUUCACUGAGAAGCACUAGCAGUUUGAGUUGUGGCGGUACAGACAGUCCUCAUGAUGUAGAAAUGGAGGACUGUAUCACUUGCCCUGCAAAAAUUGAGACUUCUUCCUCAAAGGUAGUGAAAUCAAGUGGCACAAUUGCUGUGGACUUUGCCAAAUCAAAAAUUGACAAUUGGAAUGAAAAUGUGACUCUCUUAGUAGUGGAGCCAAAAAACACUGAAUGCAAUGAUAGAGGCAGUGACAGGAGCUCAGAAGCCUCCCCUGACAGUGGAGAGCGUGAGCUGUCUGAAGUGGACUCCUGCGAACCAUCACGGCGUGGAUCUAGUGAGAACUGCUGCUCUGUGAGCUCUGGUGAGAUGGUGAUGAGAAGUAACAGCUUUGUCUUGCACGAGACUGACCAGCCCCUUAGCAUCUCGCUGAUCGGGGACUCCAGAACCUCCUUGGAUAUAUCUUCAGACCUCGGCGUGGGAUCUGGCAUGUUACCUGAUGUCUGCGAGGGCCUAGCCGAGGUGCCACAAGGAGAGUCCAAGAAUCAGGGCUUGGAGUGUACCUACAUCCAACCAAACAAUCAGACCUUUCUAAUAGAUGAAAAGUCAUUGAGCAUUGAGAAACUUGAAUGUGUCACACCUGUUCAUUAUCAGAAAUCUAAUAAAGAUGUGCAAAAGUUGGCAUGCAACACCGGUGGAUCCAAUCACUCAAUCACUCCAGUGGAGGGGAAAACGGUGCUUCUUACCGCUUCUGAGGAUCUAGACAUCAGUGGCAAUGCUCAAACCUCAACUCCAGUGCAGUCUGUGAGUAACAAGACGUUUUGCCUCCCAUCUCUAUCUGAGUCACCUCUGAAUAAAGAUGAAGGGGAUUCAUUGAGUCCAAUGGCUCAAGUUAUAAGUCAGCAGCAAGACACUGCCUCUCAAAAGCCCAAAACAUCCUUGAUGUCCGCGAGUAAAAGCAACAAAAUAGAAAUAAAACGGUUUCCGAAGCCUAACUUCAGUAAUAUAAAGUCUAAAAUUAUGUCACGUGCCACCAACCCCUUCAAGACACCAAAGACUUCAUCGAGCUCCAUCCCUCAAACUAAUGAAAGCCAGACUAUGGACCAAACGAAGUCAUCUCCUACCAAAUCCAUUUCUAAUACAGUAACCAGCACUUCUGCCACACCAGCUCAAAGUGUGAAGAGCUCCAGUGCAGCUAAAAGAACUCGCUCCUCCACUUGCCAAGAAAGUGGUCCAGCCUCAAAAUCUCGACCUCGCCGAUGGUCUGAAAGUGCUACCUCUUUCAAAACUAGUAAAGAUGGGUCACAAGAGAAGAAUCCACAGGUCAACAGGGUCUUAAACAACCUCACCACACCACAAAAAAACACUAAAGGUGUUUCUCAGAAUCAGGGUGGAAAGACCAAACCUGCAGACACACAUGAGUCCACUAGAGAAGACUUGCAGGGGAAUGAGUCUCUGAAGGUUCGAGGGAAGAAUCAGAGAGUCAGUUUGUUGGCAGUGUCUGCCAGGCCAGCAGCGGCAGCAGCAUGUGAGUGGAACAGAGGCAGGCUUGGCCCCCAGCCAUCCCCAGCCCGGACAGGAGGCGCCUCUGCUGCUCACGUUCCAGCUGCAAACCUUCGGCCGCCACUUUCAGCCUCUAAGCUCAAGACUGGCACAUCAGGAAAAGAUGGCAACAGUGCCACUGACAUCCCUACACCCAGAAGCAAACUGAGCACAUCUGAUGUUAAGCUCAAAAUCCAUUUAACUGAAGGCACAAACGCAGUUUCAGGAUCUCAGUCCAGAUCUGCCGUGUUCGCAGCUCCAACAUCAGCCUCCAAACUGCCUGUGAAGCCCAAAAUACAGCCCAAGAGUUUCAGCACUCCUCAGACAAGUGGACAUUCAAAGCAAGCCCAUGCAGAACCCUCUGUGGGAACUUUGAGUAAACCUCCAUCUAACAGGACCACGUUGUUAAGAAGCAAGCUGCAAUGUCCACCUACCUGGAGUAUAUCGUCAGGAUGCAAAAACACACCCUCAUCAAGUUCAGUGAGGUCUUCAAGCAGUCCUCUGAAAACCCCUACCACAGCCCGACCCAUGAGACCUGCCACUACUCCUACAGUUGACAAGAACAAGUCAAGGGCAAGUUCCCGCAACCAGCAGCCCCCGACAAAUGGGCAACCGGAUCUGUUACCUCCAGAGAAUAAGUCCAGAAAUGUGGAGUACUACAAGGCCUUGUGUGAGAAGAAGAACCAGACCAUCCAACAGCUGGAGAACACGCUCCGAUCCAACAACCGCAGGUUCGAGGCUGUUGCUGUGGUCAUAAAGCAACUAUAUGCUGAGCAUGAGGAGGUGAUGAAGCAGCGCAGGGAGCUGUCUCAGGAGCUGGUCACUUUGCGUGAGGAGCUGGUGAGCUCAGCUCACUCUUGUGAGCGUCUGGAGCAGGAGAAGGAAGAGCUGCGUGGGGCCUUUGAUGGAGUUCUGCAGAAGGUCCAGGAGCAGCACCGCUUGGACCUCGCUGACCUCGAGGAGAGACUGAAGACCUUCUACUCCACUGAGUGGGAGAAGGUCCAUCAGACCUACCAGGAGGAGGCCGAUAAGUGCAAAGCUCAGAUGGAGCAGCAGCUAGAAGAGUUACGAUCAAAACAUGAGGCUUUGAAGAAGGAACUUGAAGUCAGCCAUAUGGAGGAGGUGGACGGCCUUAAACAACACUUUCAGGAGUCCUUCAAGGAACUCAAACAGUCCCAUGAAAAGGAAAUGCAGACACUCAACACAACACUGAAGGAAUCAGAGGACACGUUAUCUAAUCGAAUUCAGGAGCUCAUAACAGAGAAUAACUGCCUCAAAGAAAAACUGACUGCUGAGGUGAAAAGAAGGAUGGAUCUGGCUGAGAAAACACAGAAGGACUCCCACACCCUUUAUCUGGAGCAGGAGCUUGAAAGCCUUAAAGUAGUGCUGGACAUCAAAAACAAGCAGAUCCAUGAACAGGACAAGAAACUCAUGCAGAUAGACAAACUGAUGGAGAGGAAUGUGAAGCUGGAUGAAUGUCUAAAGAAGCUGCAACAGGAAAAUGAGGACCUCAAAGCCAGAAUGGACAAACAUGCAGCUUUGUCUAGACAACUGUCCACAGAGCAGGCAGUCUUGCAGGAAUCCCUCCAGAAGGAGUCCAAAGUGAACAAACGUCUGUCUAUGGAGAAUGAAGAGCUGCUCUGGAAGCUUAACAACGGUGAUCUGAGCAGCCCGCGCAAGGUCUCCCCUUCCCCGUCCCUCACUCUUCAGUCACCACGGAACUCUGGGAUCUUCUCCAGCCCUCCCGUCUCACCCAGAUAACAGUGGCCUUCAGCUUCCAGGAAGCACUUUCAUACAGGACGGAGCACUUCCUGCAUGCUGAAGCUGGUCUGGACCAUGUCAGUGGCUCUCAGAAUAUAAUAAACUCUCUUGUACAGACUAAAAAAAAACUAUAUUGCACAAAAGCACUUACCAAUGAGGCCACCCUCAUACUUUUGCCUUUCACGUCUGUCUAUGGAGAGAAAAAAUGAAUAUCUCAGGGCUUGUAGAAGGUUUCUCUCAAAGUAGUUGUUUCUUUCCCUCCUAAAUUGCUUUGUUGCUUGAAGUUCCUGACUUUGGAGGACUGACAUCAGAAUCCAUGAAUGAGGCCUUUGUCAACUUCUGAAGCUUUUCCACCAGACACCUUGAAGUGUACCUGUAUAAAUCCAGAUUAAUCAUUGCCUAGGGACAAAUGCCCAAAUGCCAGCUGGACAGUGGACAUUUCCCAGAUGCUGUUGCUUGUGUAGCAUUUGGUUUCCUUUUAUUUAAUGUAGGACCUCAGACCCCAGGUGAAAUUUUCUAAAGCAGCACUUCAUAGAUCAUCUCAUGUCAUAAACUGACUGUUACGAUUUACUCAAAUGGAAAUAUUCACUGACUUAACCAGGUGUUCUCAAAACCGUAUGCAACAUUGUCUUGUCUAUAUCAUGCCUUUAUUUUUGAUUUUGUAAAUGGUAUUUUUUUAUAUAUAUAUCACAAGUUUUAGGUGAGCUUCACCCAGAUCAUGUUGCAUGUUUCAUCACAGAUAUGCUAUCCAUAUCACUCAUAUAUUGCGUAGGAAACCCUCAAUACAAUGACCGAUGCAGAAUGAAUUAUUAACAGUAGAUUAAAAAGCUUGAAUGUUUUGAUUAAUACCUGUAUAAGGGUUCAAUUAUCCCUUUUCCUCACUUUCUUGGCAAUCAGAGAUGGUCUAAUCGUAAUGGUAUGCUGUAAACGGAUGAGUGCUUGACAUUGAAAUGGCAUGUCAUCAGGCAGACCUGUGACUGAAGGCAUGUACUAUUGGGAAUCUGACUUUUUUUUUUUUUUUUUUUAUAAAGAUUUUCUUGAAUACGGGUUUUGUAUAUUAUUCAGUGUGAUUGAGCCCUAGGGGACAGAUAUGAGUUUGUUUGUCUUUAUUUCUAUAUUUAUGUCUGAUCAUGAGACCAAUGUAAUUGACUGAGCAUGUUCCAGUGGCCUCAGAAGCGCCCCCCUCUGUCUGAAACCAUCCACUGCAGCUUUACAUGCAAGCUAUUUACAAAGAAGUUAAAAAGCAAAAGAAGUUUUUUUUUUUUUUUUUAAUUUUGAUAUGUAUUGCUAAGCUGUUUGUGUGGAUGUUGGUGUGAAACCGACUUUAAAAUAUGCAAUUAAUAAAAACAUUAAAAGUCA